AUGUCGCUAUAUAGCAGCCAACCACCCAUUAUUCAUAAAAUCAAACUUGAUGGUUUUGACUCGGAUGCUUUGACCAUUUCAAUGCGAAAUAUACAGAGUAAAGAAUGCAUUUCUACUCUUGAUAAAAGCGUUCAAAUUAGUGCUAUAUGUACUCCAGGCCACACUGCUGAUCAUGCCAGUUUUUGGCUUGCAUCUGAAGGCAUACUUUUUUCAGGGGAUGCUAUUGAAAACCGAUCAACUGUUGUGAUGGACAAUGCACACGCAGUGUUCCAAGACCUGACUUCAUACAGUAGAUCCCUAUCACAUAUUCAACGACUAGCACCCAGUCUAAUCUUUCCUUCUCAUGGAGACGUUGUUCAAAAUCCUUUCAACCACAUUGAAAAUGCCAUUGACCGACAGUCGCGAAUCUCGAACCAAAUUGAGCAUAUUGUUCGCAGUGCGCCAGGCGAAGCUGCCAUUACAACUAAAGAUAUUAUUACUGCAUUCUCCGCCUCAUACAGAAAUGGUUUAGAUAUGAGCUCAUCAAAUCUAACCAAAUUUGCCACUGAUGAGUUCUGUAUUGCUGGCACAAUCCGACAGCAUAUUUUGGCACUCGAGUGUCGUGGUAUUUUAAAAAGACAACCCACUAUAUUUGAUCCGACAAAACGGACCAAAAAUGGUAUGGAUCCUACAAAAAUUAAAGGGCCUGGAGGACUGACUAUGGAUCGUAUUUUUGGACAUGUCCAAGCAAGUCGUCGCAUGGACUGGGAAGCAGACAAAUCAAACAGAAACAAGACUACCGAUUAUAUGCACGAUAGGAUUCAAAACAGAGUUUCUACACAUCCAAUUCAUGCCAAUGUGGAUUUAAGUUACGAUGUAUUCUGGAAAUUAAAUCGAUCGUAUGAUAAGCUUGACCGAACAGAGUUUGUAGUGAUUGGCACUAAUCAACCCGAAACAACAGAUCCGGUCAAGCAAACGGUUGAAAAAUAA